AUGUUAUUAUUCCAUGGCAUAAGGCCGACACGAGGCCUAUGUAUGUCGUGUUAUACACUAUGUGCACAAAACAUUAAGGACACUUUCCAUGACAUACACCGACCAGGUGAAUCCAGGUGACAGCUAGGAUCCCUUAGAAUGUUUGUUUUAUAAACUUUAUAUAAUGUAUAGUAUGUAUUCCCCUGACUGUUGUUUGUAAUGUUUGGAGAGAGAAAAAAAGCCAUGAUCCCUUAUUAAUGUAACUUGUUAAAUCCACUUCAACCAGUGUAGAUUAAGGGGAGGAGACAAAUUAGAAAACUUUUUUUUUUAAGCUUUCAGACAAUUGAGACAUUGGAUUGUGUAUGUGUGCCAUUCAGAGGGUGAAUGGGCAAGACAAAAUAUUUAAGUGCCUUUGAACAGGGUAUGGAAGUAGGUGCCAGGUGCAACAGUUUGUGUCAAGAACUGCAAUGCUGCCGGAUUUUUCCACACUUAACAGUUUCCCGUGUGUAUGGACAAUGGUCCACCACCCAAAAGACAUCCGGCCAAUUUGACACAACUGUGGGAAGCAUUGGCGUCAACAUGGGCCGGCAUCCCUGUGGAACGCUGUCGACGCCUAGUAGAGUCGACGCCCCUGACGGAUUGAAGCUGUUCUCAGGGCAAAAGGGGUGCCCAUGUGGGCAAUAGGAGCCAUAGUGGUGGUGGUGCUGGCUCUGGUGGCCUGUCUUUGUUUCUGUAUCUGGAAGAAGUGCAUCAACAAGGGCAAGAAGCCCAAGAAAGUACGCGAGAGGAAAGGAGGCCGAGGCAGAAGAAAGAAGGAGGGAGCCGGAGAAGGAGAGGAGGGCAAGGAAGGAGAGGGUAAGGAAGGAGAGGAGGAGGAAAAAGAGAAUUUCGGAAAACUGGAGUUCACCCUGGACUACAACUUCACUGACAACCAGCUGAUCGUGGGCAUCCUGCAGGCUGAAAACCUGGCAGCCAUGGACAUGGGCGGCACCUCAGACCCCUAUGUCAAGGUAUACAUGCUACCAGACAAGAAGAAGAAGUUUGAGACCAAAGUCCAGCGCAAGAACCUAUGCCCCGUGUUCAAUGAGACCUUCAUCUUCAAGAUCCCCUACCAGGAGCUGGGCGGUCAGACUCUGGUCCUGCAGGUCUUUGACUUUGAUCGCUUUGGUAAACACGACGUGAUUGGGCAGAUCUCCAUCCCCAUGAACAGUGUGGACCUGGCUCAGCCACUCCACGAAUGGAGGGAUCUGGUUGGAGGAGAGAAAGAGGAGGUAGAGAAGCUAGGGGACAUCUGUAUCUCUCUGCGCUACGUCCCCACGGCCGGUAAAUUGACCAUCAACAUCAUGGAGGCCAAGCACCUGAAGGCGAUGGACUGUGGAGGCUUGUCAGAUCCCUUCGUUAAAGUGGUGCUGCAGCACCAAGGCAAGCGGCUGAAGAAGAAGAAGACGACGGUCAAACAGAACACUCUGAACCCCUACUUCAACGAAAGCUUCAGCUUCGAGAUCCCCUUUGGCCAAAUACAGAAAGUCCAAGUGUUGAUCACGGUGUACGAUUACGACAAGCUGGGCAGCAACGACGCCAUCGGGAAGGUUUGGAUCGGCUUCGGCGCCUCAGGGGUGGGUCUCCGCCAUUGGUCAGACAUGCUGGCCAAUCCAAGACGUCCCGUGGCCCAGUGGCACGCCCUGUGUCCUGAGGAGGAGGUGGAUGAGGCCCUGAAGAAACCCCUCCGCUAAACACACACACGCGUACACUGAGCAUUCCUGUGCGCGUUCAAAGAAAACAGCAUAGGACCUGAAUAUUACACAACGGCGAAUAAGCUCAGUAGUGCUGAUCAUGACACAACGGCACUACUCAAAUAGAAACUUCCAAGAAAACCAACUUGAGCUACCACUCAAACACUACAAGCCACCUGUACAUCGAUGCAACGCUGGAUUGCCAUUUCGGAUCAUUUUGUGUACUCUUUCCUUACUUAUUAUUCUUUCGUAACUUUUUUUUGGUUUUGCGUAUUAACUCGUUGUGCUGUAUGGUGUUAAGUUAUUAUGGUGUGUACGAACGCGUGUGUCUGUGUGUGUUCGUGUUAAACCGUAGUACAUGAAAGCAUUCUCAGUUUUUUUUCCCCCAAAUGUAAUGUGAGUGGUUGUAAAAUAACGAAAAUAAAUCAUUCCCAAAAUGACCAGAGGGAUAGUCCGA